GAGAGGACUAACUGGGGUUGUGGGUUAGGGUUUUUCAAGUGAGUCAUCACUUGUUAAACGUCACUUGUUAACGCAGAAAAGUCUUACACUCAGCGUUUUAAAAGGCAGCUAUAAGUUAUAGAGACCAGUCCCAUGAAUGGAGUGGUGGCUCUCCAGCUGGAGAAGGACUAACUGCCCUCUAAGGCAAUGCUUUGAGCCCAGGCAGAGAGGAGUGGCGUCAGACAGGAUUUAUUGUUGUUGUGUUGCUGCCUGCCCUGCCCUGCAUGGAGAGAACACACUGCAUUCAUUCCAAUGGCUUUGUUAGCCCUGCUGCUGCUGCUGGGUCUGUAGCUGUACUGCAGGGUAACAGCAGUCACUAACACACACUAGCGAUGCAGUUUGCUAGCCAUUUCAUCUCUAAGGAAUACAGCCUGGCUGCUCUCCAGCCUAGGUCAACUCAAUGUCCAUGUAUGUAUAAACAGCUGUAAAUACCAGCCAAGAUUCUACCUCUACUAUACUGGAACACAGGUUGUCCAUAUCACUCUGUGUGUCUCUCUUGUUAUUUCCUGAUCCACUCUCUGUCUAUAGGCUGCUCCACUACAGGUCCCUAUGGUAAGAGUUAAGGCAUGACACCAACUUUUCCAAGCCCUGGGGCCCUCCGUUUACAGUAUGUUCACUAAAUGCAGUGCAACCUCACUUAAUGCAAAGUGUGUAGGCCUACUGUCCAACCACAACCCCAUCCCUCCAUCUUUAAACAUACAGGAUUAUCUUACUCUCUUUUAUUAACAAUAAUUCUCUUUCUCUAUACAGUACAAUACAGAUCACAGACUCUCUCCAUGCCGACGCAGCCUAUGGCCUCAUCUGCCUACCUGCUCUGUAACGUCCCCUGUGCUCUGAUCAAUGUCAAAGAGACGUAGCUGAGUGAUGUGCAAUACCCAGUGUGCGCAGUGUUACAUACCUCAUAGCCCAUUACUCGGAGACAGAUAUUAUAAACCAAUACGACAGCUAUGACAGUGUACAGAUGAUCCAUGGUGCUACCAGUGUAUUACAGUAAAUCCCUAGUUAUUACUGGGCAUCUAGGAAUGGAACAAUCUCAGAUGUGACGGCAAAGAUGGGAAGAUACCAGGUGGUGCUAUGUAUACAUCAGGACAAAUGACUGGAACUUCUCUCUUGACUAGUAAUGACACAUACGUAAAACUUUACAUUUUUGUUAACAUAUUUUUCAAUGCAGUGCAUCCCUCCCCAUUGUAUUUAAACAAAACUGUUUUACCUUCAGCCAACCACUUUCUAAAAAACAAUAACUCUUCUCAUCCAGCUCCACCACUCCUCCUUUUCCAUUCAUAUCAAAUUAGCUCUCUUCCCAACUACGAGUUAUUAAGAGGGAGGUUUCCUUUUAAGUGGCUUGUCUUUAGGAAAUCAUAAUGUUUGGGAUUGCUUCCUCUGAGAAUAAGAACAGGAAGUAAAGUAAAGGAGGGAGACACUGAGACCGCUAGGGCCUACUCCAACCGAUUGAGAUAUCCGCUCAGUCCCCGUUUCUCAGUGUAGCUAAGAUUCCGUUCCCACCAAGCUGCUGCAGGUGUGUAUGUGUGUUUGUCCAGACAGACCGACAGACUAAUAAUUGCUCCAGUGACAGGUCUGUGCCCCCGCUGCCCAUGCUUCUACCUCUCACCCCUCUUACCCUCCUCUGACUGACCAUGCCAACUCUGUCUGGGAACAAAACAAAUGUAAAAUAAAGUCUGAGAAAUUAACAUAGUCAGAAAUAUCAAGAGUGACUGUUAAGGGCGCGGGUCUAAAGCUUACUGGAAUGCUCAAGACACAGAAUGAAGAACAAUAACAAAAGAUGACCUCACCACUUUGAGCAAACUUUGUCUGAACAUACCAUAACUUGCUUCAACUAACUAAGCACAACAUUAGUCUAUACGAGUUUAUGUAUACGUCUGACUUCAUCAUGGUCCUAAUAAUGUAGCUAAUGUUGGCCAGCCAGGCUAGACCGCCUGUAGGUUGCGUUGUAAACUUGUGAGGAAACACUUUGUUAGUCCAGCAUGGUAGCAAAAUGACUGUUUUAACUCCUACCUCCUGCUAUUGUUAAGGCCAGGCUCUCACUCCCUUCCUCUUGUCCAGGCUGGCUACACCUCUGUUCUUUGUGGCUUGCUGUACACACAUUAUCUAAUGCCAAGAAAGCAUUAUAGCUAGCCAAAGCUGUGUGUUGAUUUGAUAGUUGGAUAUUGAGAGUUUUUUUAAAGACCCUGUGGCGAAUUAAAUUAAUUAAAUGACUUUGCGAGCAUUUAGGGAGCAUGGAAUUUAAGGGUUCUAGCUUGGCUAACUAUCCUACAUAUCAGUUCUGAGCUCAGGGCAUGGAUGGACACCGCUAACAUUUCCCCUCUCCUGUUCUCAUAGUGGUGCUUUUUCCAGUGUCCCAGUCUCAUUGAACCUCUCCCCUCUCCUCCUCACCCCUCUGCCCCGCUCCCCUCCCUGAAACGCAAUCCGCCUGGGGGGAUAAGAGCACUGACUCUGCUUGGAGCACCACCCGGUUUCCAUCCUACUGCCAUAAACCAGGGAGAGAGAACUGCAAAACGUCUCAUGGUCAUGGUCACUUCACAGCGAGGGUGUGCCAGUGACCAGUGACCAGUGAGCAGACAUGGGGGACUGGAGUCUUCUGGGGAACUUCCUGGAGGAAGUUCAGGAACAUUCCACGUCGGUGGGGAAGGUGUGGCUCACCGUCCUCUUCAUCUUCAGGAUCCUGGUGCUGGGCACAGCCGCUGAGUCUUCAUGGGGAGACGAACAGAGUGACUUCCUGUGCGACACCCAGCAGCCCGGUUGUACCAACGUCUGUUAUGACCGGGCGUUUCCUAUCGCACACAUCCGCUACUGGGUCCUACAGAUCGUCUUCGUGUCCACACCAUCACUGAUCUACAUGGGCCACGCCAUGCACAUAGUGCGGAGGGAUGAGAAACGAAAAAGGAGGGAGCAGGAGAAGACAGAGAGGAUGGAGGAGGAGGAGAAGGGAGAGGGGGGGAGCGUAUCGGGGGAGAAGGCGUAUCUCCAGCAGAGGGAUUGUGGGAAGGCGCUGGAGGCAUCUGGGCGGGUUCGCCUGCGGGGGGCGCUGUUAUCCACGUACAUUCUGAGCAUCCUGAUCCGCACGGUGAUGGAAGUGAUCUUCAUCGUGGUCCAGUACAUGAUCUAUGGAGUCUUCCUCAGGGCUCUGUACCACUGCAAGGCCUGGCCCUGCCCCAACCCAGUCAACUGCUACAUGUCCCGGCCCACAGAAAAGAACGUAUUCAUCGUCUUCAUGCUGGUGGUGGCAGGUGUCUCCCUCCUCCUCUCUGUGGUCGAGCUCUAUCACCUGGCCUACAGGCGGUACAGGAAGUGCAGACGCACUCGCGCCUCCCUCAAAAACACCACUCAUAAUGCUGUGGCAAUCCCCUUCACCAGGGACCCCGACAACCCGACCAGUCACAACUCCCCAGGCUGCACCCCUCCCCCUGACUUCCGCCAGUGCUUGGUGUUGUCGGGGACAAUGACCCCCUUGACCCCUGUGAACCCCAUGAACUCCAUGCCUUCUCACCCCUUCAACAACAGAAUGGCGCACCAGCAGAACUCCGUCAACAUGGCCACCGAGCGUCACCAUUCCUAUGACGACCUGGAGGGAGAGGGAGGUUUCCUGAGGAUGAAUUACACCCAGGUGCCAGGGGAGAUGCCCAGCGGGUGCUCUGCGCCACCCUUACUGCAUACCGGGUACCUGAAGGACAAACUAAGCCUCAGCAAGAUCAGCGGCACCAGCAGCCGGGUUCGACCAGACGACCUGGCCGUGUAGAACCAGACAGACGGAAAGAGAGAGACAGAGAGGGGCUUAGAAGGUGCGGAGGGAGAGGACUUUCAGACACACAGAGAGAGAAAGGCCCUGCUUAGAGGAGAGUGGAGCAGGCUGGGUCUAUAUACCCAGCCAGAGACAGAGAAGGGGAGCAGGCAAGACAGAUACUGGGGCUAAAGAUGGAUGUGUUAGCAAACUCCAAGUGAAGGGCUCCAUUCAGCCCAAAUCUGGGGGAACUGUGGAAGAUUGCCUGGCCUAGAACUCCAUGAGCACUACAGGAAGAAAGACAUUGGGGUCUGUAAGCUCCCUGGAAGUGGGUUGAAUGGAUCUUGAGAACUUCUGCAUACUGGACUGAGCUUUGAGACUGUGACCGUUAGUGCUGGGAGAACUGGUUGUUUUUGUUAGCUUCAAGUGGUCGGUGAAGCUUGAAACAUGGACUGUCAUAACGUUGAUCAAAUAUUGACAUUGAAGCAAAAUAUAAAUAUACCUUUUAAAUCACUGUGUGGAAAAAGCCUUGAAAUAAAUAACAGAUAAUUGCACAUUGUAUGUUUUUGAUGUUUUAAAGUACCUUUAAAGUCUGAGAAUAUUGUACUUUAAACUUGCACAUUCAGUAUGCUAAAAACUGUCCUACUGUCUAUCCAGCUGCCCAUUAUAAUAACACAAACUUUUACAAGCUCGCAAAUGUAAACACGCAUGCACAAACACACACAUGUACACACUGCUGUCAUAGGAGGACAAAACCCUAUCCUCAGGGGUCUGACCAAACAGUGUUGCCCCGAUCCCUGGCAUUCAGUGACGGAGGCUAUUUUCAGCUGUCAUGUUGUUUGGAAAGUGAAAUUGUGACACACAUCCCUGCAAUGCAAUCCAUUGUGCAUUAUAUCAUCUUCAAAUAUAGCAACUGUUUUCUCUGUGUUUUAUCCUGAUGGCAUACAAACAGAAACAUAGCACCAGCAUUAUCUUCCAGUCAGUAGUCAGAACAAGGGACAGCUGUGCCAACAUAACUGAUUUCUCUCCAUUCAACAGACGCUUAGACCAAUAAUACAGAGGGUUGUACGCACUCAGGUACAGAUAGUGAAGAGCUAUGCAAAAGUGCCUACAAAAUGUGAAUCUACAAAAUGCUCAAAGUCAAAGUCUUUAAUCUCCAUGUUAGAUGUGUGAACAUGUCCUGAUAUAAUUUAAAAGUGUGUUCAAAAGCCAUAUACAGUAUGUAUACAAAUAAUUUACCUUCAAUCAAGGCACAAGCCUAUAGACUAAUAGAGAAGGUAUAACCACAAUCUGUGAAGUUCUCAACUGAUUUUGCACUAGACUAGGCCUUUUGGGGUUUGGAAUAUAACGACCCCUUUGUAAUUACAUGAAUCAUAUUUUCUUUUUCUAUAGAGAGGAACAACCAGUAAUUUACAGUAAUAGUCUUUUGGAAUGCCAACAAACGGGUGACUGGUUGACGUUUCUCUGUGCACAUUUCAAUGUU